AUGUCAUCGUCACCAUCCUCCGCGGCGCUUCGCUUCUGCGCUAACAUCAGCUGGCUGUUCACCGAGCUGCCAGACUUCCCGCAACGGAUGCACGCAGCCGCCGCUGCUGGCUUUCGAGCGGUGGAGGCGGCCUGGCUCUACGAUGCCGACCUGCAGGAGCUCCGACGGGCCAAAGACGACCACGACCUGGAGGUCGUCCUCAUCAACACGCCGCCCGGUGACGUCACGGCGGGCGAGUUGGGCUUGGCGGCGGUACCUGGAAGAGAAGAAGACUUCAAACGAGGACUGGAUCAGGCCAUUGAGUACGCGCGAGCUCUGGACUGCAAAAGGAUCCAUUUGAUGGCCGGCCGAAUUCCGGCGGGAGCGGAUGGCGGCAAGGCGGUCAUCCAGGAGAUGGAGGAGGUGUUCGUACGGAACCUCAACUACGCUGCCAAAAUGCUCUCCAAGGAAGGAAUGACCGGCUUGAUCGAGCCCAUCAACACACGGCUGACGGACGCUCGAUAUUUCCUGUCGUCGCCUCACGAUGCCGCCACCAUCUUGGGGAAAGUUGCCAAGGACAACAUCAAACUGCAAAUGGAUGUUUUCCACUGGCAAAUUAUGGAUGGGAACCUGACGCAAAACAUGCGGCGAUAUCUGCCGCUGCUGGGUCACGUUCAGGUGGCUCAGGUCCCCGGCAGAAAUGAGCCGGACAGCGCCGGCGAGAUCAACUACGACUACGUCUUUUCCACGCUGGAGACGCUCGGCUACCGAGGCUACGUCGGCUGCGAAUAUAAGCCGCGAGGAAAGACGCAGGACGGUUUGGGUUGGCUCCAACAUUACUGGACACGCAGGAAAUGAGGCUACACGGCAAAGCGCUAAAUAUCACCAAAAAAAAAAAAAGAAAA